GUCAACAAUGGAUCCAAUCCUCAAUCUCGUCGCACAAAACAUCCCAGAGCCUCUCCGUGAGCCAGCCGUCGAGCUCCUCACCAAGGUCAUCGGCUCGCAAUGCUCGACCUUGACCGCUUCUUGCCUGAAACUGGCCGUCUCUAAGGCCCUCGGCUCUGGCAUCGUCGCUGCUUCCUCAAUCGUCAAAGUUCCCCAAAUCCUAUCGAUCCUCUCCGCCGGCUCCGGCGCAGGAAUCUCCCUCCUCUCUUAUCUCCUCGAAACCACAUCUUUCCUCAUCUCCCUCGCCUACAACUUCCGUAACGGCUUCCCCUUCAGCACGUACGGCGAGACCGUAUUCAUGUGUAUCCAAAACCUCGUCAUCACCCUCCUUAUCCUCCACUUUGGCCGCAAGGCAGGAGUGGGCGCAGGUGUGUUGGCACUCUUUGCCUCUGCCGGAUACGCGCUGUUCAACUCCAACUACAUCCCGCACGACCUCCUCUCCACUCUCCAACUCCUCACCAUCCCCAUCAGUCUCGGCUCCAAAAUCCCUCAAAUUCUGACGAACGCGAGGAAUGGGUCGACUGGCCAACUCUCGGCUUUCGCUGUCUUCAACUACUUGGCGGGGUCAUUGGCGAGGUUGUAUACGACACUCACGGAGGUCGAUGACCCGCUUAUCUUUUGGGGAUUUUUGUUGAGUACGGGGUUGAACGUGGUUUUGGCGUCGCAGGUUUUGAUGUACUGGGGAAAGAAGGGAGAUGCUUCGAAGGCGAAGAAGAGGCAGUGA